CUAUCUUUCAUUGAUUUAAAAAUUAGUUAAAAUCAACAUCUCAAUUCAAUUUAAAACUAUAUUUUGAAAAGAACAUUUGAAGUGGGAGACAUAGCAUAAACCCUAGAAACGCAUUUGUAGUCUGUAGAUCAAAUUGAAACAUAUCAAAAAAGAAGCUAAAGAAAGAGGCAGCAUUAAGCAGGUGACAAUGGAGUUGGGGGUUGAAAUCAUUUCCAGAGAGAAUAUCAAGCCAUCUUCCCCCACACCUCCUCACCUCAGAACCUACAAAAUCUCCCUCUUGGAUCAACUCAUUCCUUCUUCAUACAUUGCUCUUAUUUUCUACUACCGUCCAGCAAAAAUAAAUACCCGUUACAUGAUCUCUGCCAAUUCGCAGCACCACCUCAAGCAGUCCCUCUCCCAAACCUUAACCCGCUUCUACCCCCUUGCCGGAAAGAUCAAAGACGACCGCUCCAUCGAUUGCAACGACAGCGGCGCUCUCUACGUCCACGCCCAAAUCCGGCAUAACCUCUCCACCAUUUUAACGCUUCCCGAUAUCUUUUCCCUCCAUCACCAAUUCCUUCCAGUCGACACCAUCUGGAAGGAAUCGUCGACCCACAGCUCCCACGUUGCACUGAUCCAAGCAACAUUCUUCAGUUGCGGCGGGAUCGCCAUCGGCAUCUGUGUCUCCCACAAGGUCGCCGACGGCGUCACCCUCAUCUCCUUCGCCAAAGCCUGGGCAGCCACCGCUCGCCGAUCGGCGCCCGUUAUUCAUCCCACUUUCAACGCCCCGACUCUCUUUCCCCAAAACGAGUCGCUCACCAAUUCAGGCCACGCGGUGCCGCGAAGCAAGUUGCUGAGAGAAGGGAGGAGCGUUUGGAGGAGAUUCGAGUUCACCAAGGACGCCGUGGCCGCCCUCAAGGCCAGAGCCGGGAGAGCUCUCCCGUCGCGAGUCGAGGCCGUGUCGGCGCUCGUCUGGAAAUGUGCGAUGAACGCGUCCAAGGCAACGCAGGGUUCCGAGAGGCCCUCCGUGAUGUCCCACUUGGUCAACUUGCGAGCGAGGGCGAGGCCUCCUCUCCCGGAACACUCGUUCGGAAAUUUCUUGUGGACGGCGAGCGCGCGGCACGUAAGCGGCGGCGGCGGCACAGACCAGCUGGCUGACUUGGUGGGGGAGAUUAGAGAAGCGAUGGAGAAAUUAAACGGUGAAUUUGUGGAGAAGCUGGGGGGAGAGGAAGGGGUUAGGAUGGUGUGGGAGGCGGUGAGGGAGUCGGGGGAAAUGUUUUCGAGGGAGGGGACGGAUUACUUGUCGUGCACGAGCCUGUGUAAUUCGGGCGUGUACGAGGUGGAUUUUGGGUGGGGGAAGCCGUGGUGGGUGGGAGUGGGGGUGUCGGCCGGGGAAGUCUUCAUGAAUUUGGUGUUUUUGUUGGAUACGAGAAGGGGAGACGGGGGAGUGGAGGCGUGGGUACUGUUGGGCGAGCGAGAGAUGUGCUUCUUCGAACGCGAUCCUCUGCUUCUGGGUUUCGCUUCCUUUGAACCCAACUCCUUCCUACCUCCCUACUCCCGCUCUGAUCUGUGAUCGCUCGCGACUGCACAAAUUGGCUCGAAUGCUCAAUUUUAUUUUCGUCAAUUUCAUUUGUUUCUUUCCUUUGCAUGUGAGUUUAAAGUCACUCGAAAAUUGCUUUGAAAUAAUAGAAAUAAUUUGUAUA